AUGACGUUUCCUUCAUGGUUCAAACACUCGCCGAGGUCACGCGAUGUGUUUAUCAGCUGACCGUCCGCAGUAAACACCCUGUGCGUUCCCGGCCAGACUCGUGCAGCGCGGCAUCGUUUACUUCAGCGGAGAGAUGGCCAGCCAGUCCCAGGGAAUCCAGCAACUGUUACAGGCAGAAAAACGGGCUGCAGAGAAGGUCGGGGAAGCACGAAAACGUAAGACCCGGCGUCUGAAGCAGGCCAAGGAGGAGGCCCACGCUGAAAUAGAGCAGCACCGCAUGCAGAGGGAGAAGGAAUUCAAAACCAGAGAGGCUGCGGCCCUGGGUUCCCAUGGUAACUCUGCAGUGGAGGUGGACAAGGAAACGGGGGACAAGAUGGGACACAUCCAGGACAGCUACCGACAGAACCGUGGGGCCGUCCUGGGCAACCUGCUCAAGAUGGUGUGUGACAUCAAGCCGGAGAUCCACGCCAAUUACCGCACGGCUGGAUAAACCCCCGCCCUCCCCACCUCUAAUGCUCCCGGGGUAUUCUGGGAAAAAGACAACUGUCGUGCAGCAAUUACAGACUUUACUAGGACAUUCACGCUUGUUAACAAAACAGCCCUUUUGCUUAUUAUGAUUUGUUUUUGCUCACAUCCCCCUUAUUGUCUUAUUGUCCUCAGUCUGUACAAGCUAGCUGCGGUUUUAAUGGCUAGCCAGCCAGACAUAGUUAGUAAUAAUGACUAUAAUUAAUAAUUAAUAUAAUAAUAAUAAUAAUAAUAAUAAUAAUAAUAAUAAUAAUAAUAAUAAUAAUAAUAAUAAAGCCUUUAAGUAAAUAUGGUUAAUGAGCCAGUGAUCGUUAUUGCUAUGGGAAAGGCAGUGGCAAGCAAACCUAUAAUGGGGUCCUGACUUUCCGUUGAGUAGUUUGGCUUCUGUGCAUCUUUCUCUCCAAUGUGAUGCUUCCAUGUUUUUUCUUUUUCCCGAUGAUCCUGGGCAGCAGGAUUAAAAUGCAGUAUUAACAGUUUAUAGCAUAGUUUUUUUUGUGCUGUGAGUCUUUGAGGGACAGUUUUACAGUCACUUUCUCAUUUCCCUACGCCCAUUGCCUCAUCUGUGUAGUGGCCAUUUCACUGCAGAACCCUGCUGUACACAACAGUAAAUAAAACAUGGUGGUGCAUUGUUUAUUGAAUAAAUGUAUUUGAAGCAA